GGGUCUUCUUUCCCCGCUGAUUCUGCCAAACAUCAGAGCGAAAAAAGCCUUUUCGACUUUUUUCCAUAAUCACGCUGAAGUGAUAGCAAAUAACUCACUAAAUUAUAAUACACAAAAGGAUCGAUUAAGGAGCUUAAUGGCUCAGCAAGUUGCUGACGAGGAAGAAAGAACAAACCAAAAAAGAGGACUAGUAUCCAAUGGAGAGGGAUCUAGUUCUCAAAAAAAAAAACUCAAGAGUAGCAUUGAUGAAGAAUGCGAUGAUGAGGAGGGGGAAGAGGAGGAAGAGGAGGAAGAGGAAGACAAAGAAGAAGAGGACAUUUGGAUGAAGUGGAAGGAGUUUUUGGAUGACCCAGUGAACUCCCAAAAUCUAAUGCAGUUAAGUCCCGAAAAACAUCGUGUAAUCUGGUACGGCAGACUUCUACGUCGAAGAAGCUGCUUACCCUGGGAUCUUUAUUCGAGGCUUAAAGGAGAGGUUUCUUUUAUCGAGGCUAAGUUUAUUAAUCCGUUUUUUUUCGUUGGAACCAUGGCAGUUGUAGAGGCGGCGUCUCGAGAUGGUAUGGCACUCAGAAUAGACGAUUUGGAUAACAUCUCAGUAGAAGGCCAAAGUUUGGUCGCUGAGAAGAAGCUACUCACCAUCAUCUUAGGAAAUUUGUUAGUAUAAAUAAGGGAAUGAAAUGAUAAAGAAAUGUAAUACUGAGUAAUUUAUUUUAGCCAACGAGAAAUCUACGACAAUAUCCACAAGGGGGUUCUAGCAAAGUCCGAAAUGUGCUACCGAUCUUAUGUUUUCGACGCAAGUCUUAAAAGCUGUACACAUUAUCU